CUUUGACCAUCGCCAGAUACGCACGCUCGCAUCUGUAUCGAACUCACAUUGCGCUCACGAUUCGAAUGACACUGAUCUCGUCCUGAUCAACCGCGAGGCUGAGGAGAUAAUUGACAAAGCCAACAUCCGCCUACGACGGGGUCGCGCUCACGAUCCGAAUGCACUUUCGUCCGCAUUGAACUCGCGACUGGCACUUCCUACUACGGCGCGUACUAUGAGGGGAGAUCGCUCUAGUAGGGACGCUACAUAAUGCGGCCUGCGCUCAAUGGCAUCUCCCAUCACGGCCCAGGCAUGGUGAAUGGGGCGGCCGCGGACGAGGACGUCGAGGAGGAUCCCGUGCACGUGCUGCUGAAAGCGCGCAUGGAAGCUGCAGAGGCAAAGCUCAAUGCGCUCUUCGGAACAGACGGACGACAGCGACGCGCUGGCAAGAGACCUGCAGACUCGACUACACCACCCUCCGAGACUCGCGCAGAAGAGAGCGCCAAGACUUCUGCUCCACCGAAGAAGGCCGCUCGACAGAUUGACGAUGAUUAUGGGGAUGAUGACGACGACGAGGAAGAUGAGGAAGGGACGGAUAAGGAGAGCCCACUGAGAGCAAAGGGUAAGACGGCCUUACCGAACGGCUUGUCCCCACACGCGAUCAGAUCACCAGCACCUUCAGUCAAGCUCUCGACUCCGGCCACGCUCAAGCAGACGGCGACUGCUCUUUCUGAGCAGGGGAAAAGCUCGGAAGAUGUGCGCAAACAACUGGAGCAGGAGAAGAAGGCUGCGGCCGAGGCUGCAAAGUACAGCUUUCAGAGCAUGUUCUACACGCUGGAAAGCGAUCGAGAUGCCAUGCUGGAGCAGCAGAAGCUGGACGAGCUGGAUCGCGAAGUGGACAAUGAAAUAUCAGGGGGUCCGAAUGGCCAAGCCAACACAAGCGCAUCUAACGCACCUACAACCUCUGCCGCUACUACGCAAGGGAGCCUGGGAAGUGCCGACCUCGGCGCCUCGAGCCUAACACUCAAGCAUCUCAUUGCCCGAAUAGAUGCGAAAAGAGAUAUGGUCAAAGCAUCCGACAACCAGCUACGCACACUCAUAUCGGAGGUGAGAAAAGGUCGCAGCAAGUGGGCAAGCGAGGACCGUGUAGGACAGGAAGAGCUCUAUGAGGCUGCAGAGAAAGUCCUGAUGGAGCUCAAAGCCAUGACGGAAUACGCUCAACCGUUCUUGACUCGAGUUAGCAAGCGGGAGGCUCCGGACUACUACACGCUCAUCAAGCAACCAAUGGACAUUGGAACCAUGAUCAAGCGGCUGAAGCAGUUGCAAUACAAAAGCAAAAAGGAAUUUGUGGACGACCUCAAUCUGAUCUGGGCGAACUGCUUGAAGUACAACUCGGAGCCUGCACAUCCUUUGAGGAAGAAGGCGCUGUAUAUGCGCAAGGAGACCGACAAGCUUACACCACUCAUACCAGAAAUCGUGAUACGAGAUCGAGCCGAAGUCGAGGCGGAGGAGCGCCGUCUUCAUGCUGGUGACGAAGACAGUGAUGAGGAUGAUGCACCGAUCAUGGCUUCGCGUGGCCGCAAAGCGCCGAAAAAAGGCGGACCAACAGCAUCUGCGAGAAAGAGUGUCGGUGGUCCCUCUAUAGCUGUGGAAGACGCAUCUUCCACCCCAGCACCAGACGCAAAACCGGUCUUGCAUUCUCAGGCGUCAAAUUUACGAAACGAUCUCCUUCGAGAAGACUCGGAAAUACCUGAUGUCGGCUCCGCCGGAUUCAGCACUCCUCCUCCUGGAUUAACCACGCCUAUGCCGAAUGGCAUUCACGGUACCGCUGUCCACGGCAGCCAAGCUGAUUUAAUGGAGAUUGAUGGUCCGUCAGUCCUCAGCACCUCAACAGAGGACGCGGACGACGAUGAUACAGAGUUCAAGACCUGGAAGCAAGUCACAAAGAAAGAUCGAGCACUAGCUGCUGCAGAACGCAACCGGCUCUUUCGUGGCGAGCACCUCAAUGCGGAGGAGCCUGCAUUGUUAAGAUCCAAGGUCGGCAUGCGGAGAUGGAUUCGACAACAGAAAAUGAUCUCUGACAAGCCAGCUAUUGACGCCGAGUCGUCAGACUACGUAGCGGCCGACGAGGCCGAUGCCACUGCCGGCGGCGAAACACUCGCCGAGGGAAUAGAGGGAGAGGAGGACUCCACAUUGCCCGAUUACUAUAACCCGCUGUCUGCGAUACCUGAUCUCGAUCCGCAUUGGAAAUGGACGACAGACUCCGAAGGCCACGCAUUGCCCCAGACGGAGGAUCAUAUGCGUUACUACCCAAAAGACAACUACAAGAUCACGCAAGGUACGCUCAACAAGAAGCUAGAGGCGAACAUACGACAAAUGCAGGAGACUCGCAAAGUUUGUGCGAAGAUUGGCGUUGUGAAGCAGAUGCAGAUCCAAGCGCAGACCUACCAGAAUCAAUUUCAGAAGUACGAGCCGCAGCCGUUCGAAGAGCAAGACCCAGGAACUAUAGUUGUUUCAGAAGACGGCCCCCUUCUGGCCCCAUGGCUCAAUCGAGAGGCGUUUCAAAAGUCCAUUGGCAAAAUCUUCUACCACGCCGGCUUCGAGGACUUCCAGCCCUCUGCAUUCGAGAGUAUCACCGAUAUCGCGAUCGACUUCUUCGUAAAGGUUGGCCGAGACAUGAAGCAGUACCACGAACAACCCCCGCAGAAUGGUACUGCAGCACCGUUCACGUUUGAAGAGCAGGUCCUUCACACCCUGGACGAAAACGGUCUGGAUAUAGAUGCAUUGGAGUCGUGGGUCAAGGAUGAUGUUGAGCGGCAAGGCAACAAACUUGGAGUGAUGCAUGAGAGGAUGAAAUCACACCUGGCAGAUCUUUUGCGGCCUGCUUUGGGCGAUCACGCUGGUGCAGAUGGAGUCGGUGCCUUCAACGAUGGCAGCGAGCAAUUCGUUGGCGGCGACUUCGCUGAAGACCUUGACGAAGACUUCUUCGGGUUCCGUGAGCUCGGUCUUGCCGAAGAAUUCGGCCUUGAGUCUCUCAGCGUGCCUUUGCAUUUGCUACAGAACCGCAUGUACGCUUAUCACCAGGCGCAGAACCAAGGACCGAUUACGAGUGGUGGCCUCAUCUUCGAGCCGCCGACCCCAUACGACGCCAUUUCCCAAGACACUUUGUCACAUCAGAUUGGCCUGGUGCAGGAUUUCUUCCGCAACAAGCUGCGCAACUCGCGCGAGGACGCACUUGUUGAGGAUGAGGAUCUUCCUUUGAAGCAGAAGUUUCCGAAGCCCAGGUUGCCGCCGACCGGGAAGAUAACCUCCCCGCGCAAGAGACCUCUUCGAGAACAGGCUCAGGCAGCGAAGAAGAAGCGCAAGCUCGAGGAGAGCGCGAGUAGCAAACCGAUACAGCCUCUCAAACUGCAAAUGCCUGCAGCACAAACAAAUGGGGUCGAUCCAGGAAAGAACGCAUCCGCAGACAUUGAUGCGCCGAUAACGCCUCAAAGUCCUGAUAACUAAAAACGAGUUCCAGCGGCUGUAGCACCCGGCAACGGAGAGAUGAGGACGAGCUUUGCAGAUAUGCCAGUUUCGGUGUCCGUACAUGCAGACUGAGUCCUCCAACAAGCCAAGGUGAAUCAGCGAGGAGUCUCGUCGACCGAUGAAGCCACGAUGGAUAUGGAUGCGCAUCAGAGCGCCAUGACCAAGCUCGAUCAGAACAACUCACCACGAGUGCACUAGCUACAAGUCCAUGAUGGACCUUGUAAGGUACAAAGUUGUGUGCGAGAAUCUGGCAGAGAGACUCGGAGCAGGGAUAUACGACAUGGGAAUCACAUGCUGCAUGAUCCAGCUCCAAAGUGAAGGCGAUGGCAUCACUUGGUUCAAGCAACCUGAUUUAAGAUCUAAGCUUCCCAUUGGAAGUGAUGCUGCUCCCGAUCUACUGACUCGGAAGAAUUGGAUAAGCAGGAGGUCGCAGAGGAUUACGGUUCUGAAGCAGGCAAUGAUGCGGGCAGCUAUCUUGCUGGUGUCGUUCAUUGUCAAGGUAAGUUGUAUACGGGCGUGCUAUGGAGCACCGCGCUCUGUCGCUACCGAAGACGAGGACAACGAAUCCGCUCGAAGGACAGCGAUGGGAGGAAAGGUUUAUCACUAUUCGCGGCCGGCUAUCGCACCAUAAUAAGCUGUGAUUAAGCCUUCUCUUCUCGCCCCAAAUCGGCGGAUGUUGCACAUCUGCCGACACAGAGCCGGAUUCCGAGCGCAAUGGAGGGGAGAAGGGAAAUGGAGGGUUUGGGGGGAGUGCAACAGUACGAGUAUGGAUUGGACAGGGCGUUUCAGGAUGGUUGUGUAUUCACUGGGUGGGUGAGGUGCCUUUCUGUUUGAAUUUGCGCGAGAUUCCCCCAAGUCUGUCCAGGCAAACAGGCAGUUACUGAAAGCAUCAGGAGGGGCGGGACUGGAGAUUGUGAAGUUUUUCUUUUGACUUGGGUUACGAGCAGAGGUGGAGUGCGGCAUUGAUUUGGAGGCGGCAUCAAGCUGGAGCAUCGAGGAUACCAAUGGGCCACGAUGUCGCGCCUCGAUGGCGAGGUUUGGAUACGCGCCUGUACGUAAAUCCAUGGGUAAUUGCUGGAAAGCUGCGUGAGGUAUACAGAAGGCUGCAACUCUGAGAUGGGAUGAUGGAAAAGCAAUAGGCUCCGGUCAUUCAUCAAUGCACUAUCUGAAGGGUUCCACUCGAGAUACUUUUGACAGUGGAGAGAGUAGCUGAAUGUAUGUAUGAGGUGGCAUUCUUC